CAACAAUUUGUCGCGCGGUGUCUUCUUGAACGCGGCCGAACCGCUCGAGUCAUCGUCCGCCUCCUCUUCCUGAGCACCAUCACAACAGUUAAGAUGGAUCUGCGUCGGGAUGAGGAAAAGGACCAAAGAGGCGGUCGAGAUGGGCCGGAAGAGGAGGUUCCGGAGCAGUUUUGGACAGAGCAAGAGGUCUCUGUCAUCAAGCGGAAGCUCGACAUGCAGAUUGUCCCCUUCAUCUGCAUCACGUAUCUCGUCGCCUUUCUCGAUAGAAGCAACGUCGGCAAUUCAAACGCGGCUGGUCUGAGCAGGGAUCUCAAGCUGAGCGACUCGCAGUACCAGUGGCUGCUCACCAUCUUUUACAUUUCCUACAUCGUCUUCCAGUUCGGCCUCCUCGGAUUUAAGCUCGUGCCGCCAUCGAAAUGGAUGGGGUCCUGCGUCCUGGUAUGGGGCAUCGCGUCCAUUUUGCAAGCUUCGGCGUUCAACUGGAGCGGUCUCAUGGCGGCAAGAUUCUUUAUCGGUGUCAGCGAGGCUGCCUAUGGCACGGGCAUUGCCCUCUAUCUUAGCUUCUUCUAUCCCCGCUCCGACAUUGGUAUCCGGUUCGGAUGGUACGUCGUGGGAUCUGCUAUUGCGAGCGCCAUCGCUGGCUCCGUCGCCUACGCUCUUCAGGGCUCCUCGGCGCACAUUGACAAGUGGCGACUCAUCUUCAUCGUUGAGGGCGCUCCAACGAUCAUCAUGGCCGUCUUGAUCUUCCUCUUCAUGCCCGACUCCAUCGCCACGGCAGGGCUCUUGACGCCCCGGGAAAAGGAGAUUGCAGAAGCCCGGCUCUACCGCUUGUCCAUUGACAAGCGCUCGGGCCACGCGGACGGGAGAGGCGGCACGGUCCGCUCCUUCCUUCAGAGUCGCUUGAAUUUUUCCAAUGCCAUGGCGGCGCUGACAGAUCCAAUCAACUACCUCACGUCUGCGCUCCUCUUCAUCAUCAAUGUGGGCUACGCCGCUAUCCCCGUCUACCUGCCCGCGAUCCUACAGGGGAUGGGCUACACGGCCUUGCGCGCCCAAGCUUUUUCUGCGCCACCAUACGUCGGUGCAUUCGUCGUCGCGCUCGCCGUCAUGCUCGCAUCGGACCGCCUCCGCGUCCGCGGACCUUUCCUCGUCGUUCUCUGCCUCAUUGGAGCCGCCGGCUACAUGGUCCUCGGCACCGUCGAGGACAACCACGCGCGGUACGGCGCCGUCUGGCUUGUCGUCAUCGGCCUCUUUCCCUCGAUUCCCGUCCUGUACAUGCUGCUGGCCAACAACCAGGCCGGCGAGAGCAAGCGCGGCGUCGGCCUCGCCCUCUUUGGCACCAUUGGGCAGUGUGGACCGAUUCUCGGCACACGUCUCUUUCCCGUCUCGGAAGCACCUUACUACCGCAAGGGUAUGUUUGUCUCGGGCGGCUUGCUCUUUGCCGGCUGCGUGCUAGCGAGCCUCACGAGCGCCUUUCUCUUCUGGAAGAAUCGAAAGAGAGAGACCAAGAUGGCGGCGCUUGCUGGCGGCAGCGGCGGCGGUGGCAGCAGCAGCAGCGCCGACGAGGCCAUGGAAAAGAUCGAGGAGCGCGACGAGCACGCUGGAGAGAGGCUCAAGUUCAAGACGCACUUGGACCUCCGCGUCCCCAGAGAGGCGCAGGAGCAUCAUCGGAGGCAAGUCGAUCUCUCCAGACGGGGCGAGGACUCAAUCUACUUUCGCUAUACCUGGUAG